AUGCCCAAGGAAAAAGAAGUUUCUUCUUUUUCUUUCUUUCUCUCCCUUUUUUAUUUUUCUUUCGUUUUUUCUUUCUCUUUCUUCAUUUUCUUUCUUUCUUUCUUUACCUCUUCCCGUUUCUUCUUUUUCUUUCUUUCCCUUUUCUCUUUUCUUUUUCUUUCGUUGUUUCUCAUUCAUUCAUUCAUUCUUUCUUUCUUUCUUGCGCUUCUUCUUUCUUUCUUUUUUCUCUCUUCACGUUUCUUCUUUCUCUUUCUUUCCCUCCCUUUUUUCUUUCUUUUUUCUUUCGUUUUUCUUUUUCUUUCUUCAUUUUCUCUCUCUCUUUCUUUCUUUCUUUCUUUCUUUUGCUUCUUCUUCCUAUCUUUCUUUACCUCUUCCCGUUUCCUCAUUUUCUUUCUUUCUUUCUUUCUUCAUCUCUUUCUUUCUUUCUUCAUCUCUUUCUUUCUGUUUCUUAGUUUUCUUUCUCUCCCUUUUCUAUCUUUCUUUCUUUAUUUCUCUCUGUUUCUUCUUUCUUUUCUUUCUUUCUUUCGCUCCAUUUUUCUUUCUUUCAUUUUUUUUUUUGCCUCUUCCUCAUUUCCCGACUUUCUCUCUUUCUUCCUUUCCAUUUCUUCCUCUUUCUUUCCCUUUCCCUUUUCUUUCAUUCUCCAUUUUCUUUUUCUUAAAGUUUUUGUUUCCUUUCUUUUCUUCCCUUCCCAACGCCCCCCCGCUCAGACAUCCCCUCCCCCUUUAUCUUUGCCUUCAUUUCUUUUUCCUCGGCAUAACUCUCUAAAAGCAUUCUUUUUUUUCUUCUUUUUCAUAUCACUAGAACAACAAAGGCUGUCUAAUAAUACGAACGAGCUGGUGGGGCGGGCACACCUAAAUAUACAUUUGAUAUCACCAUAUAUACAUUUGUGUAUCUAUCUAUCUAUCUAUCUAUCUAUCUAUCUAUCUAUCUAUCUAUGUAACUGUCUCAGUCUCUUCACAUCUAUCUAUCUAUUUUUUCACUUCAUUUCUAUCUAUCUAUCUAUCUAUCUAUCUAUCUAUCUAUCUAUCUAUCUCUAUAUAUAUCUACCUCAGUUUCUUCACAUCUAUCUAUGUAUCUAUCUAUCUCAGUCUCUUCAGAACUAUCUAUGUCUCUCAGUCACUUCAUAUCUAUCUAUCUAUCUAUCUAUCUAUCUAUCUAUCUAUCUAUAUAUAUAUAUAUAUAUCACACUCUCUUCACAACUAUCUAUCUAUCUAUAUAUCACACUCUCUUCACAACUAUCUAUCUAUCAAUCUAUCUAUCUAUCUAUCCAUCUAUCUAUCUAUCUAUCUAUCUAUAUAUAUAUAUAUAUAUAUAUAUAUAUAUAUAUAUAUAUAUAUCAGUCUCUACACAUCUAUCUAUCUCAGUUUCUUCCCCUCUAUCUAUCUAUCCAUAUAUAUAUCUAUCUUGGUGCCUUCUUUACAACUAUCUAUCUCGGUGGUUUCACAUCUUUCUAUCCCUCAAUCUCAGUCUCUAUCUAUCUAUCUAUCUAUCUAUCUAUCUAUCUAUCUAUCUAUCUAUCUAUGUAUCGCAGUCUGUUCACAUCUAUCUAUCUAUCUAUUUAUCUAUCUAUCUAUAUAUCUAAGACUAUUCAAUCUACUCAGCACCUUGUUGUUCCCUCUCUCUACAUAAUUCAUAAAUCUCUCUCUCUCUCUUUCUCUCUUUUCUAUCUAUCUAUCUAUCUAUCUAUCUAUCUAUCUAUCUAUCACAGUCUGUUCAUAUCUAUCUAUCUAUUCAUCUAA